UGGCAGAGUUUCCCAAAUUCCCCACUCCCGAAGAAUCCUCCACUCACAUCUGUGUAGUCAAAUUAGGGUUUGAGUACAUCUCCCACUAAUUAGGGUUAAUCUCCAUCAACUCCUACCUCUCUAUAUAUACACAAACACGCCGACGGUUUUCUCAACCAACAAACCCUAAUCACUCAAAAAUCUUCAAUCCGAUGGCGUCAGAGGAUCAAUCGGCGGCGAGAUCUACCGGGAAGGUGAACUGGUUCAACGACUCCAAGGGAUACGGUUUCAUCACCCCCGACGGCGGCGGAGAAGAGCUUUUCGUUCACCAAUCCUCCAUCGUCUCCGACGGUUACAGGAGCCUAGCCAUCGACGAUUUGGUCGAGUUCUCCGUCGUAGAGGGAACCGACGGGAAGACCAAAGCCGUCGACGUCACUGCUCCCGGCGGUGCUCCUCUCCGUAAAAAGGAGACCAGCUCUCGCGGCGGCGGUGUUGUCAGGCGCGGCGGAGGAGGAAGUUGUUAUAACUGCGGCGAGGCUGGUCAUCUUGCUAAGGAUUGCCGUGAUGAAGACGGCGGUGAGCGUGAAGCGUCUUGUUACAGUUGUGGUGAGUCUGGUCACUUGGCUAGGGAUUGCGUUCAGAAAUCCAGCGGCGGCGGUGAACGUGGAGGAGCCUCCGGUGGUGGUGGAGGUGGGUGCUACACUUGCGGUGAAGCUGGUCACUUUGCUAGGGAUUGCGUUCAGAAAGGAACCGGCGGUGAACGUGGAAGCGGCGGCGGUGGUGGUGGUACUUGUUACACGUGUGGUGGAGUCGGACACAUGGCUAGAGAUUGUGCGACGAAGAGACAGUCUGGAGCUUGUUACGAGUGUGGGGGUACUGGUCACUUGGCUCGUGAUUGUGACAGGAGAGGAAGUGGUGGAGGAGGCGGUAGAAACGCAGGUGGAGGUGGUGGAGAGUGUUACAAGUGUGGUGAAAGAGGUCACUUUGCGAGGGAAUGUUCUGUUGCUUGAUUUACUCUCUAAUCAACAAAAGGAUGGAGAUGGAUUUGAGUAAUGUAUAAGUUUUUAUAUUACUCUUCGUCUUCGUUUCUAAUAUUUUGCUUGUCGGAAUGAUGAAUUUGCUUGGUCCUUUUAAUGUUUUUUUUUGUUUUAUUAUUAUACAAAAAGGGUUUAAAUCCUUUUUCUUUGUGGUAAUAACUAUGUAAGUUUAACUGGAUUUGGUUUCUGAUAUGGAUACUGUACUUUUGCUUUUCU